UUCGCUCCUCUCUCGUUGAGGCUCACUGUUCCUGCCGGACAGCACGAAGGUCAGGUUCCGCAAAAAUGACAGUGCUAAUGAAAUUUUGUGUUUUGGUUGUCAAUGUGUUAUGCUUGCCCCUUCAUCUGAUGCAUGCGGUCGGUCUGUAUAAGAUAUACAAACGUAUCUUUCCAUGUUGUCUUUACCGGAUUUCUGUAUCGUACAACAAGAAAAUGCACGGCAACAAGAAGGAGCUGUUUCGCAGUCUCCCAGAGUUCAUCAAGCCUGGCGGACAGCUCACAAUUUUGGAGAUUGGCUGCGGCACCGGCACAAAUUUUCAGUUUUAUCCGCCCGGUAGCAAGGUGAUCUGCACUGAUCCGAACCCUCAUUUUCAGAAAUAUCUGAAUAAAAGUAUGGUCGAGAAUGACCACCUUGUGUAUGAGAGAUUUGUGGUGGCAUCGGGGGAGGACAUGGGGUCAGUUGAGGACGAAUCGGUAGACGUGGUUGUCUGCACCCUGGUGCUCUGCUCUGUCAACAACAUACCGCAAACUCUGCGAGAAGCCCACCGUAUACUGCGGACAGGUGGAGCAUUCUUUUUCAUAGAGCAUGUUGCUGCAGACGCCUCAACCUGGGCAUACUUCUUCCAACACAUUAUUCAGCCUGGAUGGUACUACUUCGGUGAUGGUUGCGAGGUCACCCGGGAAACAUGGAAAGAUCUGGAGGCGGCUGGAUUCUCUGAACUCAAUCUGAGGCACAUCGAAGCUCCAUUCUUCUUUGCAAUCAAACCGCACAUCGUAGGCUAUGCUAUAAAAUAGAUUUUGGCUGAUUAGUGUCGUAGAAUGUCUCCUGCACAACCAGUUUAUGAAGAUGCCAAGCACUAAAUGCCUCUCCUAUGCCACAUGAUUGAUCGCCAGUGAUAAAGAUAACACAAGUUCCUUUGAUACUAAUUUUAUUUUUGUACUGAAAAAAAAAAAGAUUUUCAGUGUUUAUGUUUUGUAAAGACAGAUGAUUUUAACACAUUGAAUAAGCACCUUACAUAGAUAGCACACAAUACAAUUUUUGUAUGCAGUUCAAGUAAAACAUAUAUCUUGAUAUUUGUUUUAUCUUCUGUCCUCCAAUCAUCUCCAAGUUGCUUGCUGGUAAAUCAGUCUGAUACUGCCUUAGGGAAUUGCUCUCUGUCAGUGUUUAUCUGUGUGCUACUAAUGGAUUUACUUACAAACUGCCUUCAGUGAUGUGACAAUUGUUGCCAGUGAAAUAUAGAUAGGUUUUGUGAUUAAGGUGAUUGUGUUGUGUCAAAAUGUUAGUGAUUAAAGAGUUUAAUCCGCUUGCA